AGGAAGCGUUCCUCGCGACUUCGCCCGUAGAUUAGUAGAGAGAAUUCUCCGCGCCGUAUCGGUAGCCGCGUAUCAAAGUCGCUGGAAAGCGCCGUUUGGCCCUUGGAAAAGACCGGGGAACGAAUCCGAGCUUUGAGCUUUCGCCCGGUUCGGUUAUCGCCGUUAAUUCCGCCGAGCGUGUAAGCGUGGCAAUCCCUCGUCAGGAUUCUCGAAAUCUUUUUCGCACAGCUGAACGACCGUUCGAACUUCUGAUAUCCGGUCUGAUGUUGUUGCAUCUUCGACGAAAGUUUCGCGGGAAAAAUAAAUGCCGACAGAUCAGGGAACUCAAGGAGAGCUGAUCGCUCGCUUGGAAACUCUUCGGAACCCGAUGACCAGGAACGAAAAAUGUGUUUCUUAGACAGCUCUUCACCUUGAAUCGACACUAACGGAAGUCUGCCGGUUUGACAUACGAUUUUCAAAACGGAACUGUUCAGCUGAACCGGAAGCUUGAAAUAUCCUGUCUUCUUCAGCCGAGGAAUCGACUAAUUGCAAUCGGUUUUACAUCGAGGAAAAUUGGAUCCGGGUGAAAUUGAAUCUUCGUCGCCGAAGAGGAACUGAGCUAAUUUUCGCGUUAAAUACAAUACCGGGUGAGAUCGAUACGAGUUUUGUGAAAGGCUGGAACGAGGGUUGAACUGAAGAAAUAAUCAUCGGGGGUAUCAAGGUACGAGGAGCCAAGAGUAACGGUUCCAAGUUCAUUCGGUACAUCCGGGGCUACCUAAUUCCCUGUCUUCUUCAAGCCCGGAUCCUCUUUUUGGGCUGUUUGUUUGAACGCGGGAACCGUGUAAACAUACAAAAAACGCCUAAUGGACUUCUGAAACAAAUUCACCAGCCCUUCUUAAGACGUGUAUACGCAAAGUAGAGAUGCUUGGACAGUUUUGAACCUGGCUCUAAAGUAAAAAGGAGAAAAACGAGUACACGGUGUGCCUGAUAAACGGAUUCUAAGAAAACACGACAUCUGCCCGGAAGCUCGAGAGACUCGGAAAGAAUCCAAACGCAAAGUCGCGAAAUCGUCGGAAACACUCAGAAUGGCAAGCUUCUCUCGGCGCAUUUUUGGUGGCUUCGACUGAGGCGGCCUCGGGCCUCAGAACGAGACACACGGGAUUAGGGGCUGUUGUCCCUUUGAGGGUGGGGCGAAGGACGGGGGCCCCUCGGGUCAGGGGCGACUCAGGGCCCGUGGGAUGGUCUCGGGGUGGUGCCCCUGCGUGCCGCUUGGGCGUCGGCAGCUUCCGCCCCCGCAGAAUCCGAACAUCAACGGAAACGGGGGUCCAUUCACCGUCAGCGCCGCGACGGAUCACUCAGAGAUGGUGCAGAUGUUCUACUACGAGAACCGGGGAAAAUGCUGCAAGAAACUCCUGCGGUACAACGGAUAUCCAAACAAGAAUACCGGUCAAUUCUUGUUCCAGGUCCUGUUAUUCCCAGAGGAGGGUUGGGCGAGGAGUGCGAGCAGUUCCUACUGGACCCUGACGCCGUUCUGGUGGAGCAGAAGCCGCUGCAAGGUGGUCGAGGUGGCUGGAACGAGGAGAUACAGCACACAGGCAAAAAUGGUCGACACUGGCACUGGGACGCUUUACAUCAUCGGGUCCUUCAAAAGGAUGACGACGGAUCCAGAUUUCAAGCUCUACCUAACGUCGAACGUCUCCUCGAGCGACUUCAACAUGGGGUACAGCAUGACCGGGACCCUGGAGAGGGGCUGCAAGAAAACGAACUCCUUCCAGAUGACGCACUUCGCUGUGAUCCGCCGACGGGACUACGAGAAGGCCUACGAGGAGCCGAACCACCCCACCUAGUGUCCGGAGACACCCACAUCGUCGGAGUGUGGGGACUACGAGCGAUAUACGUAAGAAUUAUUAGGUGUGCCCCCGACGAGCUGUGACAGUCGAGUAUUGAGGAGAUGCAAAUCAGUCAGUUGUGUCAUUGCGUAUCCGCGCACAGGCCUGAAGCUUUCUCAUUCUUCGACCUGGGCUUAUUGAUCGACGGAUGGAGGAUUUCUGCUCAGGUGGGUGUUGAUUAAAGAAUUAUAGUCCGCGCUAUGAUUUGGCUGAGUGUUUGGCGUUUUUUGGCUGCGGACAACAUAUAACGUGUACACGGUAUGCGUUGCGCGUGUAGUUGACGUUACCGCAUAGAACGGUGACAUGACGAUUUUUUCGCAGAUAUCAUACUCAAUGAAACAAAAUGAAAAAUUGAAUCAAAACUGUAGAGCAGACUUUGAAUGAAAAUCAAAAAGGGCUUAAGGGAAUUAUAACUCGAUCACUCGUUGAGGGAAGGGAAAUUCACGUUCGGUCGAAAGCUCUUUAUUCAUCGACGACGAUGAAAGAGGUUUUUUUGACUCUCGUUUAAUUGUUGUCGUUUUAAUUUGCGUUGUUUUUCUUUUUCCAACCGUCGAGCGUGCGUCGUAAAUCGCGAGUUACGACGAUACCUACCGUCUGUGAAAACCUAACGAGUAUUUCGUAUAUACAUAUGUGUGCGCAUAGGUAUGCAUUGAAACCGUGGGGGCACCCCGACGAAACAGUAAACGUCCAGAUAUUUUAAGAUUUAGGUUAAACUUUUACCGUCGCCUGAUUAAGUGCGAGAAAGAAAGAAAGAAAGAAGGAGAAAGGGUGAACGGAUCGAUUGAAACGUGAUAAUGUAAAUGAGGAAUUAGCGAUUAACCAAAGCGAUCCGAUCGAUAUACAUAUGUAACCUUACCAAAGUAUUAACGAGUAAGUUUAGUCUCAUCGCGAAUGCCUGCAGCGUUGAAUGAAUGCAAGGGCGCGAGUUCCUUUCGAGUGCUUGAGUCAAGGCUUACAUUAUAAGUAAUACUCUUAAUUAUACGGUAACAUAUUAAAAACUAAUAAAGAAUUCUUCAAUUUAAACUUUCGACUAUAUUGUAUGUUUUCGUUGCUGCAGACGUUUCGUUUUUUAGCGCCUAAUUGGUCAGUUGAUUAAACUGAUUUAUGAAAUUAUAACAGCGAAAAAUCUUACGCGCGAUUAUUAGAAACAAAGAUAUAUAUAUAUAUAUAUCUUGUACUAUGCAAUGAUACAUAUGUCUAUUAUAUACUCGACACGUAAGUAAGCACAUAUUUAUGAAUAGCAUAUAAAUAUGUGAGAUUAAAAUUUUGCGCCCCUUUUUUUGAUGAAUUCUUUUUUUCGUAAUGUUCAUAAAAAUAACGUCGUCCGUUACUAUAAUUAUACACAAAUAUAAACGAUGCUGACAGUUCUACGCGAUAGUUAUUUUUGCUAACAGACAACGCUUUCAUUAUAAUAUAUUAUAUAUAUAUAUGUGUAACAUAUACGUUGUGUACGGUAAUUGCUCGUAUCCGAAUCAAAAUGCGAAAUUAUAUGCUCAAUGGUCGGUAUAAUUAUCAUUUGCCAAAGAUGCCCUGAAACAGUUGACCGAUGAAAGGGUUGGUCUUUGGUUUCGACCUUUACUGUAGUUUGUACAGCCGUAGAAUUCUGCGAUUAUGAUCGUUGUCAAAAUAUACUUGUCAUGUAAUAAUACGCAUUUCCUUCCUUGCUCAGCAAAUAUGCAUGGUAUUAUUAUAAAUAUAAGUCAAGCCAAACAAAGCCAAAGAAAAAUCGAAGAGUUGAAAAAACUGUACGAAUCAAAGAAAUCAGUGCAAUACUGCAUACGUGAAGGAAUUUUGACGAAUUAGAAAAAUACAGAUUUUGCCACGUUGGUAGUAUUUUUCGUAAAACGGAAAUGAACGAAUCACGAGCUUACGUAGAGUGAAUUAAUAGUUAUGGAAAAGAAGUUUUUGUUGGAAUAAAACCAUUUUUACAAACAUUAAGAAAAAUUGCAUUUCCUGUGAAUCAAUUCAACAAAAAAAAAAGAUCUAAAACUAACAUGCUUGUCCCAAAAUCUUACUAUGACUGUUUUCGUAAAACCAACAUCAAUGGCCGAUGAUCAAUAAACGAAUCCGAUUUGCUGAAAUUAUAAACCUGCACAUCCAUCAUUGCAGGUUGGUUUUGUUAGUCCGAAAAAUUAACCGCUUGCAUGCAGAAAAUAAACUAACAACGUGCUGCUAAAUCCGUGUUUUUCCUCCAUGUUUUUCUCUUCUAUUGAAAGCUUUGAAUUUGGAUUAAACCACGUCCAGCUGCUGAAUACGUGUGUACAAGGGUGUGUCAAAACAGCCGUGUUUUUUUUUUCUCUUGGAAACAGAUUCAAUAGUUUCAUUCGGGUAAAAAAAUACGCCUGUUAAAAUUUGAGCUCUUAAUAUUGAUUUAAUAUUAACACGCGAAAAAUGUUUUUUGUUCCUGCUGAUUUUUGUAACUAGCUAAAGAUGCGUUGUACAGGAAAUUCACAGAAACAUUUUUGUAGGGAAUUGAACGUUCUACAAAAAAGGUCUCUCAUCAUUUUACGACGAAUCAACUGUUUCAAAAGUUGUUCGAGGCCGAAAUUUAUUUAAGGUUCUUUAAAAAAAGAAACAGAAGGAGCAAAAACCAUUUUCCCGUGUAAUUCUUACGGAAAAUAUAAAAGUGCGACGAGCGACCUCUUAAUAUUAAAUCAAUAUUAAGAGCUCAAAUUUUGACAGACGUAUUUUUAUACCUAAAUGAAAUUUAUUAAACUGUUGAAAAAAAAUAUAUAUUUUUUCCGAUACAUCCUAGAGUGUCCUCACAGCGGAGAUAAAAAAAAUGUCAAUUCAUCUCCUGCGUCUUGAGUGUCUGUGAAAAAAAAAGGCUAGAAAAAAAAAAUACCAGAACAAGGAACAUGCAAAACGAGUUCGUAUAUCAAUGGUGCAGAUGCAGAUUCGUUCGCGAUUCUCACGACAUACUUUGACGAAGGUGUGAGAAAGUUCGGCAAUACCAUGUUCGAAAACUGUUUUAAGAAGAAAACGGGAGUCUGGACCGUUCCUCUAGCAUUUUAUAACUCUUCUACAUCGGGAAAAGUUUUUCUGACGUCGAUGAUAUACCUUCAAGCCGCGAAUGGUCUCGUAUUUCUAUAUUCUAUAACUGUGUGUAGCUGUAUAUUAUAAUAAUAAAAGUAUUUUUAUCAACUAAAAUUUAUCUGAGUAAUUAGCGCGGUACAGGGUUUCGCUGGACGUCUUUUUCAAACGGCGUUCUUCUUAGCUGCGGAAACAGCAGACGCGUUUGGUCCAUAAAAUGAUGAUUUCGAUGUCGCAGCCGAGUUGUUUGUUGCGUGUAAAUAAACGCAUCGUCGCCAAAAAUUCCUGUUCUAACAAACGGGGGGAAAAGUGACACUGGCAUGCUUGUAAAUAGUUGUAAAAAAAUUAAAUUGAACUAAACGAUAAUUGAUCUUCAAUUUUCUCAUCGAUGUUAAAUGCAGCAGGUACAUGUAUAUAUAUAUGAAAUAUAUUAUAGUGUUACAGAAAAAAACCGAUUUACGAUUUUACACCGUCGCACCCCUUGAAAAGUUUGUGCAGGUUAAAAGAAAUAUUCUGUCAAAAGGUGAGCGUUCUACGUUAUGUGGAAGAUCGCACUCGGUUGAUUUUAAAAUUUUUUAAGGAACACGUUGUAGCACUUCAAUUAUUAUUUCCUCUCCGACAUUUACAUUCAACCCAAAGAUCACGAUCCAUAACACAAUGAUACAUCAUCCGGUAAUCUUAUCCUCCUAAAUUAAAAGUUCACAUUAAGUUAUAACUAUUUUAUGAGAUUGAAUUAAUAGUGAAAAAGUCGUCAAAUGCAAUUCUCAAACAUCAACUAGAGACUUGAUAUUCAAAGUGUGGGUCUUUGUUAAGUGAAUUGAUGUUAUGAUUGAUGAAAGCAAUAAAAGAAAGAAAAAUUAUUCACGAUACUUCAUAAACAUAAAAUAAUGUAUAAAAGUGAAAAAUCAACUGAGCGCCAUCUUCCACAUAACGUAGAACGCUCACCCUUUGACAGAAUCUUUCUUUUAACCUGAGCAAACUUUUUAGGGGGUGACAUGGUGGAACAUCGCAAAUUAUUUGUUUCUGAAACACCCUGAUAUAAUGUAUACAUACGGAUUAUACCUACCAGCUCGUUUGUACACUGCAUUCUUAUUACAUGUAUGUACACUUAUAAUCAACUUAUAGUUACGUUCUCACUUACUUAUCCUAUAAUUAGGUAUCUCACUCUGAUAAAACUCACUAAUUAGACUAAGUAAACUGUCCUAGUCAACACGAGUCGUAGAAUAGACUUACGAUUAGUAUACCCGCCGGACGUCUAGUUAAUUAGUUUAUCCACUCUGGAUUGGGUUCGUAUAGCGUUAGAGCUAUAGUACCUACGUCUGUCCAAAGCCAUGUGUUUAGAGCACGGAAGCGUUUUAGAAAUUUCUACGCUCCAUCCAUUAUAACGGAUUUCCAGUUGCAGUCAGUUUGUUUUAUUGGAUUCGAAACGCACACCCCGGGGUGUUAUAUUUUUGGAGAACUCGCGUAUCUCGGUAAAAUUUUUCCACACUCAACGCAAUUCGAUUCUAAAAUCGCUCGCGAAUAGAAAAUAAUAUUCUUCGUAUAGAUAUUUGUCUUUUUUUUCGCGACGAAUCGAGUUUUAAACAUUAAUUUCAACACGAACGAAAUAUUUCUUUGAGAUGUUUCACUCCGAAUGGAAAUGUGACGUUUCGUACAAUUCUCACGCUAAUUUUUUAUUUAUUUUUAUUUUUGAUUUUGCUUAGAAAUCUUUCGUAUACGAAUAAGGAAAUUUCUAGUCGCUGUUUACCACGACUAAUAUAUCGUUGUGCGAUAACUGUGUAUUGAACUCGGUUUACUAUAAAACUACUGUGCGUUGUGUAGCCCCUAGAACGAUUUAUAAGUGAAGUUCACGUCCGAUAUCACGGUCCCUCCUAACUAUGUAGUAGUAGCCUAGACCCAAAAAUGCACGCUCAACUUUUUUUCCCACCUUCAUAUCUAAUAGAUGGAUUUUUAUUCAAUUUUUUUUUUUUUUUUUUUUUGUAGAACAUGCGAAUUGAGCCUUUUUUUUAACAGCUGCAUACGGGUCUGUUAGUUCUUCAUAUUGUAUCAUGCGUCGCUUCUGUACCUUUCGUCCUCUGUCCAAAUUUCCGAACAAAUAGCUAGUGGUCAAAGGAGAGAAAGUAGCAACAGGAUAAAGAAGAAAGGCCCGAGUUAUAUAAGAGACUCUCCACGCUGCAUCGAUUGAAGUCUAUAUAUAUAUAUAUAUAUUCGGAACUAUGCGGCCCUCUGCUAACAAACAGACUAAAACCACCGUGGAAUUCGGAGUUUGGAAAAGUUGGCGUAGUUAUUCGGCAGGACUAAAUUCUCGAUCAAAGGAGCAAAAAGUAUACGUAAUUAGAAAAUAGUUCGAUUCCGUUUUCGCUGAUCAUAGAUUUGAUAGAUGAUAUGAGGUUUUUUGCCUGAAUAAUCGCACGGUUUUUUUCUUGUAUAUUAGACAAGUUGUAGAAUUAAAGGACGAGUUGAAUACGUUGGAAGCGGCGCUGUAUAUUAUAAUUACUCUCUUCGAGGUAAAUUCUCUAGGGUAUUGUUUAGUCCGUAGAAUCCAUAGCGAGCUGAACCAGUUAAUGUCGUCUUUCUGGAUUACAUACCUAUGCAAAAUACCUAUGUAGAUGUUACACGUUGAAUAGUCGAUGCGCAGAUACUGCAAGUCAAGUAGUUCAACUUCUGUAAUAAAUUGUGAAUUUAAAAGUUGAAUUUUUUUCACCUAUUACGCAAUUUUAAGGAUAUUUUUUUUCUUUUCCUUUUUUUUUUUCUUUGAGGUGACAAAUAACAUUUAACCGGCAAUUUUAAUAUGAUCAUGAAAUCGAAUCGGUAUACAUGCAGUAUUUGUGCAACGGUUCAACAACCACUUUAGCUGAUCAGUGCCGGAACAAUGCGCAGUUGUUGCUCGAUUUUCUUAACUAUCAAACAAUUAAACGUGCAAGAAAGAAGAAGAAACGAAUGUUCGUGAAAUCGUGGAGUCGAGCCUCGCGAAAUGAGCAGAGAAAGGAAAGGCAAUUUAGCCAGCGUAUAAUUGUUGAUAAGAAGAUUGUAUUUUUACAAUCGUUGACUGCAGCUGCGUAUUAUUGUCGGCUGUCGGCUGAAGUGUAAUUAAUGUGGUAGUUAUUUAGUGCGUAGAUAUCAUCGAACUUAAAAUAUACACUUACGCCAACAUUAACUAUAUUAUUAUACUGGUCUUAAAAUACGAAUUGAAGAUUCGUAUUCAAAGCAAUGGCUGUGAUCCCAUAUACUAAUCAUAUUUAAAAACAAUUGGAAAAAAGAAGAAAAAAAAAAAAACGGUUCAA